CUUCUGUCGCGCGGAAAAAUCUCGGUUUGGUGAUUUUCUUCCUGUGUUUUUCUGCUGACACAGGAAGAAAAACGACGAAAAAACAGUGAAAAAACGGUGAAAAUCGAAGCUUGCCGCUCCGGAGCAGCGGAACUCGAAUCCUGCCUCGAACGGCGUGUGAAACCAACUCCUUGGCCACUUCCGCCAAUUUUACGCCGCGCGAGGUGUGAACAAAAAUUACAAAGAUAGAUACCGUGUGGGGUUGGGCCUCUGCCCCGCUGCGUCUUGCGGCCAACAGGAUGGGCGACGUGCUGAUAUCGGAUCGUCCACCGUCACCGGCGAGUAGAUUGUCACACACCUCGGAGAAGCAUCCGCGAGUAACGCUGCAGGAGCUGAAUGUCCUGCGGCGCCACCGGGAGCUGUGCGAUGUCGUGAUCAACGUGAGUGGACGUAAAAUCUUCGCCCACCGUGUCAUUCUGUCCGCCUGCAGUCCCUACUUUCGGGCCAUGUUUACGGGCGAGCUGGAAGAGUCACGCCAGACGGAGGUCACGAUUCGGGACAUCGAUGAGAACGCGAUGGAGCUGCUGAUCGAUUUUUGCUACACCUCACACAUCGUCGUCGAGGAAUCGAACGUACAGACGCUGCUACCGGCCGCCUGCCUGCUCCAACUGGCCGAGAUACAGGACAUAUGCUGCGAAUUCCUGAAGCGACAGCUCGAUCCCACCAACUGCCUCGGUAUACGAGCGUUCGCCGAUACACAUUCGUGCCGGGAGCUGCUCCGCAUUGCCGAUAAGUUCACGCAGCACAACUUCCAGGAGGUGAUGGAAAGCGAAGAGUUCCUGCUGUUGCCGGUUGGCCAGCUGGUAGACAUCAUUUGCAGCGACGAGCUGAACGUGCGCUCGGAAGAGCAGGUGUUCAAUGCGGUCAUGGCAUGGCUCAAGUACAAUGUGGCCGAAAGGCGUCAACAUUUGGCACAGGUACUGCAGCACGUACGGAUGCCUCUGUUGAGUCCCAAGUUCCUCGUGGGUACGGUUGGAUCUGAUUUACUGGUGCGCUCCGACGAAGCCUGCCGUGAUCUGGUGGAUGAGGCCAAGAACUAUUUGCUGCUGCCACAGGAACGACCGCUCAUGCAGGGACCGCGCACACGACCCCGGAAGCCGACACGCCGUGGUGAGGUAUUGUUUGCGGUUGGUGGAUGGUGCUCGGGCGAUGCCAUUGCAUCGGUUGAGCGGUUCGAUCCGGAAACGGCAGACUGGAAGAUGGUGGCACCGAUGAGCAAACGACGCUGUGGUGUUGGUGUGGCCGUACUGAACGACCUACUGUACGCUGUUGGAGGGCACGAUGGCCAGAGCUAUCUGAACAGCAUUGAGCGAUACGAUCCACAGACGAACCAGUGGUCCUGCGAUGUGGCACCAACUACCAGUUGCCGCACCAGCGUCGGAGUGGCUGUACUGGAGGGUUUCCUGUACGCCGUUGGUGGUCAGGAUGGGGUGCAGUGCUUGAAUCACGUCGAACGAUACGAUCCGAAGGAAAACAAGUGGUCCAAAGUGGCACCCAUGACGACACGAAGGCUCGGUGUGGCCGUGGCAGUACUCGGUGGCUAUCUGUACGCAAUCGGGGGUUCCGAUGGCCAGUGUCCACUCAACACAGUCGAGCGGUACGAUCCAAGGCAGAACAAAUGGUGCGCCGUUAGUCCAAUGUCGACCCGCAGGAAACAUCUGGGAUGCGCCGUGUUCAACAACUUCAUAUACGCCGUCGGAGGACGGGACGAUUGUAUGGAGCUAUCGUCGGCCGAGCGAUACAAUCCGCACACCAACUCCUGGAGCCCGAUCGUCGCCAUGACGUCCAGAAGAAGUGGAGUUGGACUAGCGGUCGUUAAUGGUCAGCUGUACGCGGUGGGAGGUUUCGAUGGUACGGCCUACUUGAAGACGAUCGAAGUGUACGAUCCGGAGACGAACCAGUGGCGGCUGUGCGGUUGCAUGAACUAUCGGCGUCUCGGCGGUGGAGUUGGCGUAAUGCGGGCACCACAAACCGAGAAUUACAUGUGUCUUUAUCCCUGUGUGGGAAUAAAUUGACACACUUGCUCGAGACUCGAUCGAUCCGAAGGAACAGAAGAUGCUGACAGGCGAGCCGGUGUACGAAUGUGAGCUAAGCAAACGAUCUUGUUCACCGUGCUCGCGCACGUCCACGCUUUCAGGAACGAAUAUAGAACUCAGGACAGGGACGCUCUGUCAUCAGAUAGGGAUGAUCAACUCGCAGGAACUUUAAUUGAUUGAUCAUUUAUUGUAGAUACGACUAGAUUAGUAGUAUGUGGUUAAGGUUCGUCUCUCGCGAAACUCAAAUGAUAAACCGAUUGGUGGACGUUGUGGAACACAAGACACGACGCGGCGUGACACGACAUGGAACAGCAGUAAACGCUGUAUAAGGCAAUGCUCGCACGAAAUGGUAACAGAAAGUUCGAGAUUCAUAGAUAACAAGCAGUGUGGUAAUAAUCCCCUUCCAAAGCGUGAGUUCGGGGUCUCUACACACCGUGCAGAUCGAAUCCGCCCGUUCUCGGAAUAGAUUAACAUUGUGACGGCUGAAGAUAAGUGUGUGAACGGUAAUCGUAAAAUAGUAUUAUCAUUAUGCGUAGAUAAUGUUUGGUUUCGCUCCUUUCGCGCAGCCCUAUCUCUUACCUAUCACGCAGUCUACGCUGUGGCCGCUAGGACGUGAGGAUUUUUUAUGGUUGUUGGGCCAGAUACGUGACGUGAUGCCGACGGCGUGCUUAUAAAUCGUUAACCAUAAUCGAUAAAAACCGUUUCUCUGCGUGGAGUUUGCGGGAAACCAAUGGAAAACCUAAGGAUUAGGAAGAUAAUUUAGGGUAGUUUUCAUCUGUUGCCGGUUUCCCAGUUGCAAACAUCAUCUCAUCUCAUCUCGCUAAGAAAGUGCAUCUUAUUCUGUGGCUUAUAUCUUCACUUGCUCCCGCUUUCUCUCUAUCCCAGUAUGGGCAGCUGUAGCGUACGAUGUUAGGGAUUGCAUUAUGCAUUGUUCAUUGUUUGAUUCAUUGCUUUACGUUUUAGUUUUCGGGUUUGCUUGCCUUUCAUGCGAACAUUUUUUUUCUUCUCAUUUUACCAUUAAACUAAUUUAUUGCACUGAUGGUGUGUGGAGUGGAGCAAAAAGGAGAAAAAGAAGCAUGCAGAAAAGAAGAGGAAUCACUAAAAUAGUAAAGAGCGGAUGAUUAGCGUAAAGAAGUGAUUAUGAAACUGUUAUAAUUAAUUGCAAAGGCCCUUCCUGUGUAAUGACGACAUGGCACACGAUGGUGGAGGAUGAUUGUGAUGUGAAGAUUAAAACCGUGAACGAACGUUUUCGCCGAAGAACAAGCAGACGGCAGAUAGUGAAAUAUACGAAACCCCAGAAUUGAUGUCGGCCAUCGAUAAAAUGGAA